AGAGUCUUGUUUAUGUUUUGCUCGCUAAUCGGUUUCUAAAAUGGAUCAAUAUCCGGAUGAGAAUGAGGAAUUUGAACUGCAAUACCAGGAUGAGCUGGAGAUGCUGGAUGACCUGCCCUCUGACCAACAGCAUGUUGAAUAUGGGCCCACAACAUCCAAGCAAGCGGCGGCGCAACGAGCGGCACAAGAACAGAAACUGCAGCUGCAACAGGUGGAUAAAGGGGGCAGAGCACCCUUGCUGGACCAAUCACAGCUGAGCAACUCCACGCUCCACUCGCCACAAUUGUCGCAAAUAACUUUUGGCCACAGUCAAGCGGAACCGGAAGGGAAUGGAGCUCCAGUGAAUCGACGCCUCUUUGGAACUCCAAAAGGGCCGCCACAACGUGGCUGUUCCACUCCCUUCCAGCGCAUGCUGCCAAUAAAAGAGGUUGUGCAGGAGGUGGCAAUGGAAACGGAACCGCUGCUCAAUGCUGCUGCCACGCAGCUGCAGGAGGUAGGACUGCGAAAGAGUAGUAAACGGCGCCUGGAGCGCGAUCUCUUUGGGGACAUUGAUGAUCUAUAUCCAGAUGAGAGCUACGAGGAUCCAAUGGCCAAAAAGGCGCGCACCGAGGAGCAGCGGGACAAUGAGGCAAUUGAACGCAUUCUCGAGCUGCGGCGCAAGAUGCGGGAGACAAGCAAGACGGUGCGCCAGGAUGAGGUGACGCGCCUGAAGGCGCUACAUGAGUUCAAAAUGCGGAAUUUGUCCUACGAGAUACCCACCUGGCCAUUUCUAGCCGUGCAACGUAGCGAUCUGGAGCGACUCUAUGUGCGUUUCCACUCCGAGGACUAUGAGACGCGCCAGCUGGAGCUCUUGAGUGCGCGCGGCUUUCGCCAUGGAAGCAUGUGUGGCAGUUUGCUGGGCGAGGCCAAGCAGCAGGUGUGGCAGGAAGCCAACGAGCUGGUGCUGCAGCGCAUGGCGCCCGCCACACAAUUGCCCGUUGCCGCUGCGCCGGCAGCCGCUUCGGGAGCGGAAACUGAAGGCCUUUGGGUGGACAAAUAUAAGCCACGCAAAUAUAUUGAUUUGCUCUCCGACGAGAUGACCAAUCGCAGUUUGCUCUACUGGCUGAAAAUGUGGGACAAGGUCGUCUUUGGCAAAGAGUUCCACAGUAAGCAGGAGCAGACAGACGCUGCUGGUGGUGGAGGAGGAGGCGGAGGCGGAGCUGGUAAUCAACAGCUGAAUAGCUUCAACAAACGCACGGGGAAAUUUGAAUCGAAUGGUGGUUGGCGUCAGCGUAAGCCGCGCCAGGCACUGAACACCAAUGUUGAUGAACUGGGCAGACCUAUGCAGAAAGUGGCUCUACUGUGUGGUCCGCCUGGUCUGGGCAAGACGACGUUGGCGCACACAAUCGCCCGACAUGCUGGCUAUAAUGUGCGUGAGAUAAACGCCUCAGACGAUCGCACUCCAGAGGCCUUCAAGCUGGCAUUGGAGAAUGGCACACAAAUGUCUUCCGUGCUGAAUGUGGAUCGGCGUCCCAAUUGCAUCAUAUUGGAUGAAAUCGAUGGCGCUCCCCGUCAGUCCAUAGAAUAUCUGGUAAAGUUCGUUAACGACGGCAUCUAUAGCAAGGCGAAAGCCAAGGGCGCCAAAGCCGUGCACAAUGUGCUUAAACGACCGAUUAUUUGUAUCUGUAAUGAUAUCUACGAUCCGGCUUUGCGGGCACUCCGCCAAAUGGCUUUCGUCGUUAGGUUUCCGCCCCUUGAUUCAGCACGUUUGGCAGAGCGACUGUUAAAAAUUGCACGAAGGGAACGCCUGCAAACAGAUUUUGGUUCACUGAUAGCGCUGGCCGACAAAUCGGGCAACGAUGUCCGCAGCUGUAUUUCCUCCAUGCAGUUCUUCAGCGCCCAGCAACAGAGUCUCUCACUGCAGGAUGUGCUUAACAAUAAUCUGGGACAAAAGGAUCGCUCGCAGGGCCUCUUUGAUAUUUGGGGCGCUAUCUUCAGGAUACAACGUCCCAAAAAACAACUGCAACAGCGCAAUAAAACAGAGGAGGAGGAGGCGCAGGUCACUAUGACGGACAUGUCGGUGGCCACACGGGUGCGAAAUGUGCUCGAUGUGGUGCAUUCGGGUGGUGAUUACGAGCGUCUCACCCAGGGAGUGUAUGAGAACUAUUUGCAGCAGAAAAUGCCGGAUCCAAACUUCAAUGGCGUUUGCGAGGCCAUGCAAUGGUUUUGCUUCUCCGAUGCGCUGCAAAAUCAAAUAUCGCGACAGCAAAACUACACAGUCUAUCCGUAUUUGCAGUACGGGUUUGUGGUGUGGCAUCUCCUUUUUGCCACACUGGCUUGGCCGAAAAUUGCAUUUCCUACGCGUGGCUUUGAGUUCAAUCAGAAGAGCACGAACCAGCGCAACAUCUUUCAAGCCUUUCGCAAGAGCAUCACGACGGCAGCACAGGGCAUUGGACAGGGUAGUGUACUAUUAAUGGACACUGUGCCGCUGGUGAGGCGCAUUAUAUCGCCGCAAUUACGCUCGGUGGCGGUUCAACUGCUAUCACAAAAAGAGCAAUAUGAUUUGCGGCACACCAUACAGGUUAUGGUUGAUCUCGGCUUAACAUUUGUGCAAGUCAAAUCUGUGGAGGGUCAUUAUGUCUUUCAAACUGAGCCCGAUUUGGAUGCAUUGUCCGCCUUUCCAGGUUUUCCGGGCAUUACGCUGCCCUACUUCAGUCGUCAGCUUAUAGCCCGCGAGGUGGAUCUGGAACGCAUACGUCGUGCGGCGCCCAAGAGCAAUGAUUUCGAUCCAAUAGCACCAACAACAACAUCAUCUCAGCCAGCCACAAAGAAAACUUCACCGCAUUUGCCCAAUCAUUUGAGAACAUUGAAGCCAAAACAAAUUAGUGCUACGAAUGCGCCGAAACAGCAGCUUACCAAAGACUUCUUUGGACGAGUUCAACACAAAUCUACUGCAUCGUCUAAAAUUGAAGAAGCAAAAACAGAUGCAAUUGUUAAAAGCCCCAUUUGGUAUCGUUAUAAAGAGGGCUUCAAUAAUGCGGUGCGUAAAGAUGUGCACCUACACGAGUUGCUCUAACAUUGAUUAUUAAUUUGUUGACAAAAUACUUAAAUAAAACCUUAAAAUAUAUCUACAAAGGA